GUCAUCCAGGAAUGAGCCCCAUGCAGAGAAUGAGUCAUCCUGGAGGAAGAAUGCCAGGGCCAAUGAAUCCCGUAAGUCCAGUGAUAUACAUGUAUGAAUCCCUGCAAAACUAUAGGGGACCUCCACCACCGAACACAGGUAUGGGACCCGGACCAGGAGGAAUGCCACCACUCUCCAUGCCUGGUGGACCCGGGCCACAGGGUAGAUGGCCACCAACAUCAUCCUCAAUGAAUUGUGGGUCUCCAGCAAGUUAUAAUAUGAAUUGUGCAUCACCAGCGAAUUAUAAUGAUUAUGUGCCCCAGGGCCCCCCACAAUCGGGAGGGCCUCCAGGCACUCCUAUAAUGCCUAGUCCCCAAGAUUCGGGUGGUACAGGAGAUCCCAUGUACAUGAUGAAACAGGGACCUCCAGGAAUGGGUGGGAUGCCAGGGUUUCCAAUGGGCGGACCAGACGGACCCAUGGGACCAAUGGGUCCAGGUGACAUGCCAGUUAUGAAUGGAGACAUGGAUGGUAUGAAGAAUUCCCCAGCGAAUGGCCGUGGCACCCCGCGGGAAGACAUGCCACCCGUCAGCGGUGUUGGUGGGGGGGACAUGGGCCCAUAUGGGCUUGGAGGAUAUCAGGACAGUGAGCAUAUCGAGUCUGCAGCUAUCCUAAAGAUUAAGGAGUCGAUGCAGGAGGAAGCAAAACAGUUUGAAAAAGAUGAGCCUCAUGAAUUCUUCAUGCAAUCCUAG